AUAACCAACAUGUCUGCGCCCAUCGAAACGACGAGAAAAUUCUGAAUUUUCAGUGUUGUUAUAUUUAUCAUUGAUUUUAUUGUAAAUUUAUAGUUUUGUAUUAAAUAUUUUAUGAGUCGUGGAUAUUCCUCAGAAGUAAAAUGUCUAAAAUUUCGGCAAGCGAGGAGAAAAUGCUUAAUCUCCAGUAUCAAAUGAAACAAAAUAAUCAAGACCUUCAAAGUUUCAUGCAAGACUUAGACAGCUGGGAAUCAGAAAUUAAAAUAAAGGAAGAAAAACUGAAAGAGAAGAAAAACACUCAGGACAGUGCACUACCUCCUGUGAGGAACAGUCUUGAUAAGAAGAAGUUAAAGAAGAAAGUGAAGAAGAAAAAAGAUGAUGUAGCGGCAGGAGGGAAAAGAAUCAGUGGCUAUGACUACAGAUCGUGGGACAAGUUUGAUGUGGACAAGGCAUGUGAGAGUGUGUCCUCAUCUGAGGAGAGCUAUGAGACUGACGAGGAAUGGGAAACUGAGAGGAAGAAACAAGCCGCAGUGCUGGAGAAAGAUAAGGGCAAUGAGCACUUCAAGAAGGGUCAGUUUGAUGCAGCCAUUGAGUGCUACACACGAGGGGCUGACCUUGACCCCACAAAUCCCUUGCUGCCAGCUAACAGGGCCAUGGCAAUGCUCAAGCAAGACAAGUUUGCUGCUGCAGAGCUUGACUGUUCAAUAGCCUUGACGUUGGACCCCCUGUACACAAAGGCGUAUCUGAGGCGGGGCACAGCCAGGCUAGGGCUACACAAGUACAUUGACGCCAAGGCCGACUACGAGAGGGUCCUCCAGCUUGAACCCAACAACAAGAAGGCUAAGUCUGACCUUGAACUCAUUGAAAAGGAGCUAGCCAAGCAGAAGAUGGUGAGCCAUGCUGAUGAACCUGUGGCUGGGGAGGUCCAGACCAGUAAACCAGUCCCAUCAGGGAUUGUUCGGGCCAUCACUAAGCCUCCUGGACAGAGGUCAAAGAAACCCCUGGUGCGUAUAGAGAUAGAGGAGGUUGGUGGGGAGGAGGACAGGUCCCAGUCUGUGGCCAUGGCCAACACCCUGGCCACACAGAGUCAGGUCAAGAGGGACAUCAUGGAAAAGGAGGCUGAGGAAUUCCAGAGAUUUACCACCCAUGGAGACACAAAUGGCACUGUUGGAUUUACCUCCCCUGGCUGUAUUACUUCCCCUGCUGAUAUUGCCUCCCCUGCUGAUAUUGGGAGACAGAAUCUCAAUGCGAAUAAUAUUGACUCAGACAGUGUUGGCAAGAAUGGUUCCAAAACUGGUGUGUCUGUGACUGUAGUAGGUGAGAAUUCUGGUGAUACUUGCACAAUUGCUGCUGAUAAACAGUUAUCUCAAAUCAAAAGUGAUAGUCAAACAAGAACAGUGAGAACAAAGCCAAGUGGAAGCUCAACGGUGUCAUCUCCGAGGAAACUUCCCCAAUCCGUACCAACCACUUCAGUUCAAUUCCAGGCUGAUUUCCGCCAGCUCAAACAUGACAUAGAAGCCUUCUAUCAGUAUUUCAAGAACAUACCAGCGAUGCAGUACCAGAAGUUGUUUGGUACGUUCUUUGAGGCAGACGUUCUCUCCACCAUAGUCAAGGUCAUCCACACUUGCUACGUCAGGGAUGGAGUAGACUGUUUCCCGUGCCUGCAGUGUCUAACGUCCGUGCGGAGAUUCUCCAUGGUUGUCCUCUUCAUGUCCAGCAAAGAAAAACAGGAGGUUCAGGAGAUAUUUGCUCACCUACGAGGCCGGGGGGAGCAUACAGACACAGAUAUCACAGCCCUAGCAGCGAAAUACGAUGUUCGAUAAAAGAGUGCUAAUGUUUUGUUUUUGUACUUUAUAGUAUUGUACAUGAAUCAUGACCAUGUAUGUUCACAUAGUGUUAUAAUUUUACCUAGUGUAACCCAAUCACUGCAUAUUAAAAUAGAAGCAGGUGUUGAGUUAUUGUACUGAGGUGACGAUGUGAUUCCGUAAAUGAGAUCAAAACAUGUAGUUAUUUUUGUGUUUCUUUUGUUGAUACAUUGUGUUGACUGGCUGUCGUUGAACACUUACAGAAAUACCAUGCAUAAUAAAGUUUUAUGAAGAA